AGUAGCACUUUCUGGAACACUGCGCAAAUCCAAAUUUUGUUUCCAAGACAACAGAAGGCGCAUUUAGUUAUCAUCGAAUGCAAUCCAAGUUUAUGUGUCGUUUUGUUUCUAAUAAAUCCUCGCUGUUAUCGAUCCAUCGACCAUCAUCACCUAUAUUUGGAAGUUAACUAUUUUUGGGAAUUGGAUAAGGAUUUUUGAGUCUGCAUUGCAUUGCAUUGCAUGGUGUUUGAGUUUGAGGAAAGAAUGGGAAUGGAUGGGAGGGGAGAGGCGGCGUUGCUUUUGACGUCCGGCGCCAGCGGACGGAUCCGCGCCUUGUUCUCCCUCCGAGCCUUGAGAGCCCUGGUGGCCUUAUUGAACGCCGUUGUUUUGGUCCUCCUCUCUCCCUUCCGAAAAGGGACCGUCCUCACGUCGCCGCUGGCCUGGAAGAGCCCCGCCGCUUCCACGUCCACGGGCAGGAGGGCGUUGGCCAUUCGGAGAGUGUUGGAGGAUUCCGAUGCGGAUACCUUGAGGGAGUACCGCCUCUUCCCAAGCUCAAGGGGUGACAUCAUUUUCACCCAUUCUUGGAUUCCCAUUCCUCACCAUAACACCAACACCUCUCUCCGGGGAAUUGUUCUUCUUAUGCAUGGACUUAAUGAACACAGUGGCAGAUAUUCUCCUUUUGCAAAGCAGCUUAAUGCGAAUGGUUUCAAGGUUUACGGCAUGGAUUGGGUUGGCCAUGGUGGAAGUGAUGGGUUGCACGCUUAUGUCCAUUCUAUCGAUGAUGCUGUUUCUGAUAUGAAAAUGUUUCUGGAGAAGAUUCUAAAUGAAAAUCCAGGGCUUCCAUGUUUCUGCUUUGGACACUCAACAGGAGCAGCCAUUACUCUUAAGGCUAUGCUUGACCCAAAGAUUGAAGCUCGCAUAGCUGGUGCUGUAGUGACAUCACCUGCAGUAGGUGUUGCCCCAUCUCAUCCAAUUUUGCUGGUACUUGCUCCUAUAGCUUCAAUUUUGCUGCCAAAAUAUCAAUGUAGUUCUGCAUAUAAGAAGGGGUUGCCAGUGUCUAGAGACCCAGAGGCACUAAUUGCUAAAUAUUCUGACCCAUUAGUAUGUACUGGAUCUCUUAGAGUGCGUACUGGUCAUGAGAUUCUCAAAAUUACAAGCUACUUGCAGCAAAAUAUGAGAAAAUUGAGAGUUCCAUUAUUUGUUCUCCAUGGCACUGCUGAUACCGUAACUGAUCCUGUUGCUUCUCAAAAAUUAUAUGUAGAAGCCUCCUCAACUGACAAAACCAUCAAACUAUACGAUGGGUACUUACAUGACUUACUCUUUGAACCCGAACGAGAUGCUAUCACACAGGACAUAAUUCAAUGGCUGAACAGUAGAGUAUGAGAUUUAGUAGUGAAAAUAUCAUGAAAAUUUUCAACCAUUGAAAAUUGAAGAAGAACCUUCUAUGGGUGGAUAAUUUCUGCCUCUUUGUAGAGGAAAGUAAAUUGAAGCUGAAGCUACAUAUGGAGGCAUUUUUUAUGUUAAUUUUUUUUUAUAACAAGGAGGUAGACCUUUCUUCAUCAUUUCAUAUUUGGAGUAAAGUGAUAUCUUGGAUUGUGACUCUCUGUCUCUCUGUCAAAAGUGAGGAUAGAAUUCCAAUUCUUUGACAAGGAGCACAAAUGUCGAAUCAUCAUGUAUGAGCUUCAGUUAUAGUUUUUUUUUGGUCAAGAGGAGUUUCAUUUAUAGUUAGGAUCAGAUCUUUUACUUUUUUCUGGUGGUUAUCCAUGGAGCACAGAGUACGUGUUUACAAUUCCAAUUAGGCUUUUGCCCUUUGUCUAUUAACGUCCCUGGGUAGAGUUUGUAUUGUCCUCUGAAUUAUUAUGACAAUCAUUUUAAAACACUUCUGUGUAUUAAGAGUAAAGACCGAGAUAGGUUAGAGGUACAAGUGGUUAAAAUAUUAAAUUCAAUAUCAAAUUGUUUGGACAGUA